GAUGGACAAUAUUUCAUGUUGACCAUCGACUGAAUUAACGAUCCACCGCCACAUAUAAAGGAUACCUUUCGAGGAAUAUACGAGGGAAUAUACCGAGGUCAGCUAAAUAAAAUGGCAAUCUGCGCCUCUUGUCGACUCGUCUUUCGGCGCACUAUCACUAUAAACUCGAGUAAAAGCACCACAACUCGAUCAAUUACUACCAAAUCAUCUACCGCCGCCUCAAUUCUCGAGAAGCCUACGUGGUCCGUCCGAAGUCUUCUCCCCUCUUCGCCAUCUUCGGAACCAGCAGAAAAGAUUACACCCUCGCAACUGCACCAUCUCCUCCGCCUCUCAGCCCUACCACUUCCCACCACGUCCGCUGAUGAGGCCACUAUGAUCAACACUCUCCAAAGCCAGCUGCAAUUCGUUCGUGCAGUGCAGCGUGUUGACACAACUGGCGUCGAGCCUCUGAGAGCGAUCCGCGAUGAGACACCAGAGGCUCGACAAGAGGUGACGAUUGGGCUUGCAGAUCUACAAGAGGCACUGGACAGAGAGGUUCGCAUAGGCCAUUACCAGCGGGCAAGGAGAGUGAGGGAAAAAAUUGAUUCCAAUGCGGAGAAGUGGGAUGCGUUGAGUACAGCGAGUAAGACAGCAGGGAGAUACUUUGUGGUCGAAAGUGGGAAAAAGGAUAUCGAAGGCGCAGAGUAAUGAGGAAUUUAUGAUUCAAAGACCAACACUCGAAAGCGAAAAGGGAAUGCGAUAUGAUACCCUCUCGUAUAAAACAAUAUUACCCC